AUGCAACGUAUUGUCUCUGAAGCUUGUAACCAAGACACGGUCGCAGUUCUCUAGUCCCAAUGUCACACAUUGGGUGUUUUUGAUAGUUACUCUCUGGUGUAGUGGUUCGUUGGGACCUGGUCGAUCCAUGGGCGGUGUACAAAAACUACAAAACUAGAGUUAACAACGACGGCGUAUAAACAAAAACUUGGAUUCAAAACCAGCGCCCGCACCAGUAGCUAAUCAGAGCAGCAUCUGCAGAGACAGAUCUCAAAACCAAAGUUCUAACAAUCUUGAUUAUCUCACAGACGUUGGAAAAGGGAGCUCAAAGUGGAAUCACGGUCGGAACAAUGCCACGGGGAUCAGGUGAGUUGAAAUGGUUCAGAUUAUUUGUCUUUAUUUUUCCCACUAGCACGUAGCUAUGUAAUUAGUACUCUCUGAGCGACGCAAGCUGCAAUUAUCGCCGGGAUGGAAUACAUCACAGCCCUGUUAACAUGGAUGUGCCUAAGGCACGCAAGUGCAACCAGAUUUGCUCUUUAGGUGAUUAAGAUGCGUGUUUCUAUGCGGUUUCUAUGACUCACAGGGAAAAUUAUUAACUACCUAAGCAGCAUAACCCUACAGAUUGAUGUUGUACACAGUAUAUCACGCGAGGAGCACACCCUCUCGAACUCUAUGACACCACACAUUUCACUUUUUCAUUUGAGUGUUAGAUCGACUUUCGCUUUGGCUGGCGAUAAUUUCUUUGAGAAACUGGAAAUUAGCAAACUUACAUUGCGUGUAUUUUGAUGAUAGGCGCACAAAUAUGCACUCGAGAGUGUAAAUACACUCAUAUCCGGUAAAAUGAAGUCUGGAAACGUUUAAACCAUUCACUCUUUUGACUGCAAAUGCGAAGUUUUGUCGAGAAUUUUCCAAGUUACUCUUUUUUUUUAAGUUUAUUAACAAAUUACUCAAAAGGCAAUUACUUAGCUAGUGUCAACUUUAUCGAAGAAUUCAGCAGAAAAUAUCUAACAAUACCAGACGGAAUGUUAACUGAUUUUAAGAACGAAUUUCCAUUUGCCGUCUGUGGCAAACUUUGUCAACUUUUAAACACUUAACUGUGGGAGUUUAACGCGGAAUACUUCACAGAAUUAACAUUUUAAGUUUACUUUUCCCUUACUGCUGGUAUUUAGUGUUGAUUCGACAACCAGUUACUUAUAAAACACGACCAAAAGAUCAAACAAACUCGCUCUGUUUAGAAUCGCUCUUGGAUGAAAAUGUAAAUCACGAUCUCGUUUGUAAAGAAUAGCGCGUGCCACUAAUUAGUGCUCAAUUUCUGAUUGGCGGGCAGCCAAGCGAAACCGCGAAGACAAUGGUUAUUAUAAAAUUACCUUCGGUCCUCCUUUGUUCCUAGAAGAAAGAGGCAUGUGGCCCGGAUCCUCUUAACCGAUACAAAUCACUGUCUCGAAAAUCAUAAAUCAAUCUAAAGCGCGAUGCGGUUCAUUUGCAACUUUAUGUAAAAAAUGCGCACGUAAUGGAUAUGAAAUUAAUAUGUCAUCAAAAUUUCCUUGAAAGAAUGGCAGUAGUACCUGCAACAUUGAAUAAAGGGGUAAGUUUCUAAAGAAACUGUGGUGCUGCGUCGGUGGGAGAGUAUAGCAGGUAAUUUAGUGUUAACAACUGGGUUGAAAACGUAAAUUAGCCACCGUUAAGGGUAAAAAAGCUGACGUUUCGAGCGUUAGCCCUUCGUCAGAGCGGUUGGUCUGUCAGAGCAAUCGCUCGAAACGUCAGCUUUUUUACCCUUUACGGUGGCUAAUUUACGUUUUCAACCCAGUUGUUAACACUAAAUUACCUGCAACACUGAGCUUUACACAACCGAGAAAAAGUCAGCGACGCCACAAUUUUAGAGAUAAUUAUUUAAAAUAUAUAAAAUUAUGAUUUUUUAAUCAUUUUUUGAUAAAAUUUGGUAUGUCUGAUCUUACAACACACGUUUUAAAUCGUAUCUACUAUCGAUCUCAAAUAAUGAAAAGAAACUUACAUUAAAAAACAAAUACGAUCCGUGAAAUGAACUGCGAUCUACCGUCAUUUCUCUUCGGCUCUUCUUUCUUCGAAAAUUAUGUAACUGGGCAUUCGACCAUGAGAAAGUUAAAUAUCAAAAACAAAUUUUGGCGGUAAAUGAAACCGAUAUUAAAUCCUUAAACUUUUGGGAUGCCCUCAAGGAUGUUUACGUUCGAUUAAUUGAAGUUGAUUAAAUUUAUUUAUAAGCAAUUUAAGAACGAACGUUUUAACGAAGAAACGCUACUGAAAAAGUUUACAGGAUAAUUUGGUAUUAUUAAUUGAGUUUAUAACGUAAAUUGGCCACCGUAAAGAGUUUAAAACCUGACGUUUCAAGCGUUAGCCCUUCAUCAAAGCGAAAGCUUAGUCAGCUUUGAAACUCUUAACGGUUGCCAAUUUACGUUGAUACUACCAAAUUACCCUACUAUACUCUACUAGCGACGCAGCACCACAGUUUCUUUAGAAACUUACCCCAUUUAUGAAAAAGUUUACAAUUUUUUAACGACGAAAAAUCCUUAGAAGACAACAGAAGCCACACAAAAAUAACUAAGAAGCAAAGCAAGAGAAAACAUACAGAGUCGGAUACUUUUCACUCAAAAAAUAAACCGUUGAAAUGCAAUUCAGGCUUUCUUUUCUUAGGCACGUUUUCUAAUUGGUCACCCGUUGGUAUGGAACUGAACGUAAAAAUGACGGUUUUAUUUUAUCAUUCCAGCAGGUUAUUCACGGUAUUACUGAGAGGAUAUUUACAUGAUAACACAAUUAGCAACAAUAACGAACAAAACUUUCCUUUGAAAACUCACAAUGAAUACGGAAUUAUUGUUUAAAACAGCUUACACCUUAGAUAGAUUGAAGACUCGAUGCGAAUCAUCUAAGACGCGAGAGAAUAAAGAAUUUAGUGCGUUCUCUAAGUCUAGAAAUCUAGAGCGUUUUAAACAGCAGAAGGGAUUGCUUCGCUUUUUUCUCUAGUGUUUUAACGUCUGUUUUCAAGAAUUUUGUGGUAGUUUCCAGGCAUCUACAGGUCCUACUGUUUCCACCUGGUUUUUAUUUAACACUUAGUGCAUUCUUUGCAGGUCAACAAACAAUUUACUCCAACAGCCAUUACGUGUCGCAUAGCAAACUUCAAUCGCCGUUGACAAUUCAGUGGUAUGUACAUAACAUGUCAAUGUUAUUUUUAUCAAUGUUAUUUUUACAAAUACCGCCUCAAGGAAUCAUUAGUCGAGUAAGAUAAUUGUGGUCAGUUAAAUAGGAGAAAAAUCUGGUGAACUUGAAAAUUAGACAUUAUUUCAAUUGAGCGAAACACCAAAGGAUUUAAUGCAAAGCCUGUUAAUUGUCUGCCACUUAGAGAAUAAAUAAUUUUCAAACUUUUGAAAAGAGAGUAAAUAUAGCAACAUUUUACACACGAUAUAUUUAGAAUUUCUAUAAACAAAGCCACCAUCCUUUCAGAAGAGAAAAAAAACUUAUAGCCAUCGAGAGGCCGUAUAGAGCUAUGCUCUUUUUCAGUAAUGCUUUAUGCUUCAGUAAUAAUGAUAAUAAGAUGAGUAAAAUAGCUUCUAAUUUUUAUGACACUAGGACACGAGUUUAAGACAACUAAAUGUUUUAACAUUUCAGCCUUCUUAUUAGUUCGCAAGUAUUGCCAGUUUGGUUGGUUCACAUGAAACUUACCGCUUUUUUCUUGGUCACUUUUAGUCUGCGUGCGGUUAUUUAUUCAAGUAAUUUUAUUUGGGUGCAUAUACCGCAAGCUUGUAUCAAUGUUACGUUCUGUUUAACUCUACAGGCUUAAUGAAAAUUACGAAGUUUCUGAAGGAGUCAGUUUGCCUCGAAGUGCUUUGUAUUCUCAUUAUUUGGACUUCUGUGAAAAGAAUAACUUAGCUCCAGUCAAUGCAGCUAGUUUCGGAAAGGUGAGAAAUGUUUUUUUUUUUUUCAGUUAAAUAAACAUCUCCCGCAGAUAAAAGCCUACUACAGAUUUCGUGACAAAGCAGGGAAUAAACUCCUUGACAACAAUGGAGAGAACAAAAUUGUUUCGUUUGUCUGUCUGAGUUAAGUCGCUGAUGUAAACCAGGCUGAUAAAAAAUAUAAACGCGCAUGAAGUAGGUAGAUAAUAUUCCUUUCCUAUUUAUAGAUUAUUCGCCAUACCUUUCCGAAUUUAAAGACCAGAAGGCUUGGAACACGUGGUCAGUCCAAGUAAGUAAAUUAUCGUGGUGAUGUUAAAUAUGAAAAUUAUAAACCCACCUAGGGGGUCGAUAGCAAGUCAUCAACCGAUUGUGAAAUACGUAGGGCUGUGUGUACUUAAUGUCGAAAGAAAGUUUAAUUAAAAGAAAAAGUUUUAUCUUGCGUUUUUUUUAUCUUUAUCUUGCGUUUUUUUUUUCCUUGCGUUAAAAGAAAAAACAUCAGUAUAUUACAUAAGCUAAACAAAGCAACUUGAAGAAAGAUAACAAACAAGAAACAAACUGGCAAAAAGAAAGUUGCGGUUAACCAGCAACACGUAUUCAUGUCUUUCGGUUUUUUUGCUUGAGUUACUGAUUCAUUUUACAGGGAGCAAGUAAUCUUCUUAGGACUUUUUAACAAACACGUGGCUACACAAUUGAGUCCGUUAACUUGUUCAGACCAUUGUACGUAUCUGAAUAGCUCGUUAGCAUUCCAAUAAACAAUUGACAUAGAUAAUGAAUCAUUUAAGAAAAAAAAAACGCUACUCUGCUUUUGUUUGAAAAGCUAUCGAUGUUUUGGUUGUUUGUAAAAAGAAACAUAGGCCGAUGAUUGACUUCCUAACUAGAACCCGGAGAGAAUCGGUGAUUGGCAGUUUCCGGAAGAAAAGCUUUUACUGAACGAUUUCAAAUUAACUAAUACGUCUGUUUAAAAACUGGUUGCUUAGGCUUCCAGCAUAAAACAUUCUGCCCUAAAGACAAAUCGAGGCGUGGGCGUCACUACCUUACCUUGAAUGUUUCCGGCGUUAGAACUCGUGGGGGAUUUUUUUUUCGCAUAAAACUAUUGAUAAUUUGAAGUAGCUAUUCUGUAGCCAUGGAUCGUUGUUUAGCUUGCCUGACAAAAGUGUCAAGGAGAGGAAAAGAAUUCUUCUGCUCUCCAGAGAAAACAAAACAUCCCUUAGGCGUUCGUAAGGAGCACAUGUGAUCAAGUGAAUCUAGAAUUUUCCCAUGACAUUUCACUAUUAUUGUUAGAGAAAAUUGUCUUUUUGUUCUUUUGAAUUACGCUGGCCAACUUUAUUCCCAGCUAAAGGUGUUGAUGAAAUAUUUUCCCUUUAGCCGAGGAGUUCAUUGCAAUUUUUUUUGUUAAUGCAUAGCAACAAAAAAUUCGAAAAAAAAAAAGUGAACACAAUAAAAGAAUCAUUGUCAGAAAACGUUCCCUUAAGAGACAGAAACCAAAUGUAUAUUAUAAUGAAGAACACACAACCGCUCAGUUAUCAUAUGCUGUGAGUGACGUCAUCUAGGCUCGAAAUGUCAGCUUUUUAACUCUUUGCGGUGGCCAGUUUACGUUUUCAACUCAGUUGUUAACACUAAAUUACUUGUUAUUCUCCUCACUUGUCUCCUUGAUAUUGCAUUGACACUGUAAGGAGAAAUUCUCUCUUGGUCACACAUGGGAGUGAAAGGGUUAAAUGUCUCUCGACGAUUGUAACAAAUUUGGUGCAUCUACGACCAUAUUUAAUUUCUACUGGAAAAUAUACAACAACUGAUUGUCAAUUUUAACUCACGUGGCACCUACAAACACGCAGAAUCAUGGAUUUUGCUAUACUCUCCCACCGACGCAGCAUCACAGUUUCUUUAGAAACCUACCCCCUUUUAUCACAUGAAAAGUCAUCGCACAGAUGGAAUGUAUUUUUUUUUUGCAAGGAAUACAUUCCUAUUUUUAUCUUUCCAUGUUGAAAAUUUAGGUUGAUUUUUAUUGUUUCAUACAAUUCUUUAUUUUCAAGCAUUUCCCACAAAACAAUCUAAUCAUCAAGUAGAUUGCGUUGCCUUGCUUCUGUCCAGAAAUAGAUCACAGAUGACAUCAAAAUGUGGUAAGAGAAAAAAAGUGGCACACGAGGCGCUGCCAAGUGCGUCACUGAUAUUCUUUCCGCAUUUUGCCUUCCUCUGUGAUCUUUUACUGGACAGACGCACGGCAACAUGGAAUAUAUUUGUUUUAUAUGAUAAAGAAGAUAAAUGUUGUUAAUGACGUCAUUUAUGCGUCUAUCCUCCUGUAGAUCAUAGAUAAGAACCCAUCAAAAUGCAAGUAGGAUUCAGCUUAUCAUAUGAUAACCAAUGAAAACUCGUUCGCUUAUUGCCAGGUAUCACUAUUAUGGAAUCACCAUCAAAUCAACCUCUCCUUAUCAUGACACCGUCUGCAAUGCAGCGAGGCAAAGCAACACCGGGUAAGACAAGUCCCUGGUAAAUUAGACAGUUCAAAACUGAAGAAACCAUUAAAGUCAGGAGCCGUAUGGGCUCCUGUUGAAGUAUGAUACUACCAACGUCCUCUUACAAAUCCUGCUAUCUGAUUGGCUACACUACUCGCUAUCUAUUCCAUGGUAGAUAAUGAGUAAAGUGAGUUGCCUGACACUUCAUGUUUACUGUGAGAAUAGUGAUUUUUUAAUGGCCUGGGAGGGGGUUGAAAGAUUUUUAUUUCGGAAGGGGAGAUCACAUUGUUUUCCAGGAUGGCGGAGGGAGGAUCAGUCGACGCUAACAGAAUGCAAGGGGGGGGGGGGGGGGGGGGGGCUAUAGAAAGCUGACUGCCAAUGAGGUGAGAUCAUUGGAAUACUUCAAAGCCUUGAGGGGGGUUAGGUAAAUUUUAUUGUGACACAACCAAAAUCUUUCGCCCCACCCUCCCCUCCCUUUCCAGGCGAUAAAAGAUGACCAGAAAUCCCCGGAAAUCUUUCGGUUGGAAUCUGAUCAGUCUUACAAACUCAUCCAUAACUUUUAUCGGUCAAAUCAGUGAUCACUACGCAUAAAUCCUAAAAUUUGAUUUUUUUUUCAGUUUUAGCCAAUCAUACAGCAAAACGGACAUAGAUGAGAAAACUCAGGGCCAUACAGUCCAUAAGAGUAAUCAUGGGACAAAUUCGUGUGUCACCACAGCGCCCGGAGGGACUUUAUUACCUGACUUCCCAAAGCCCAGCAAACUGACCUUACCGGAGGACGUGUCCCAAGAAAAAGUGAGAGAAUGUGUUGGAUUAAUAUUAUUAAGGAUACCAAUAUCAAUAAAGUUUUCUACGCUAUGGUCAGAUUUUCUCAGAUUGAUAUUAAGAAAUUUAAGGGAAGAGUCAUUACUUAUCGUUAGGGGGUGGGGGGAAUCGCCAAAUGAUGAUCAGUCUCGAUAUCUAAUUAGCCUCUGAUACUUUGGCCUCUGACACUGUUUUUACUCAGUACGUUUUCGAAGGCUGAAAAUUUACUUAGAGGAAACGUUUUUUUCACAGGUCAAAACGUUUCUUAUCAUGUACCGUGCACACUGCCAAAGAAUUCUAGACACCAUCCUGAGAGCAAACUUUGGAGAGGUAAGUUUCUCAAUAACCAAAAGGAGUGUUCAAUUGUUUGAGGACUUGUUUACAUUUGUAUAUUAUUUGUUUAUUUGUUUAUCUAUUUGUAUCUUUAUUUAUUUUUGAUUACCGCACCGCUUCACUGAGCCAAAAACGUUUUUAAGUUGUGGGCAGGAGAAUUCCUCUCUAAUAAUAACUUUCCAUUUGAAAUCUUAGGUACAGAAUUUCUUAGUUCACUUUUGGCAAGGAAUGCCCAGUCAUAUGCUGGAAGUCCUCAGUUGCAGCGAAGUUGUAGACCUAAUUGGUCAGUGUGACACCAUCCUAUACAAAGCCAUCAGCGGAGUAUUAAUUCCCGGAACUCUUCAGCCUUUACCAGCAAGGUGAGAUCGUUUGUCAAUGUGCAAAAUAAAUAAUUAAAUAAAUAAAUGAUAGAAAUUUCAAAACCAACUGGAGCCGAAACCCUUGCACUUGUUGCUUGCUUCCGAAUUCUCCCUUUUUUUCUCCUCUAUCUCAUUUCUCUUGUUGCUUGCUUUCGAUUUCUCUCCUUAACGUCACAAAUGUAAAUCUCUCAUCUUAAAGGCCUCAACUUUCGCUUGCUUUUUUUGUCAGACAUGACCUUGUUGCGAGCUUUUACUUUUUAGACAGUUUAUUAUUAUUAUAAAAAAAAAUGGUGCUUCUUUUAUCAAGACGUAGUUUCAUUUUGAUACUAAGAUAGUUAUUAAGUAAAUAUAAUUAUCUGAUUGCAGUUUGACUCAAGCAAUCCGUCAGUUUGCGCAACAGCUGGACGAGUGGUUGACUGAAUCGCUGACUCAUUUGCCGGAACCAUUACAGAAGAAAAAGUUGGCAGGUGAGAAAGUGUGCAAUGUGUGCUAAUUUUAAAAAAAAGUUCUCUACGAAUGUGAUGUCAGUAUCGUGUUGUAAAUAGAACACCAUAGUCAUUUUCUUUGUUACUUUUCAGUUGCUAAGAGUUUCUCCCACUCACUGCGAAGGCAGACGUCUUUAACACAUCUUGCACAGGUAGGGAAAAACCAAAGUUGUCAAUGUUUUACAAUAAGUACUUCGCAUUGGAUGACAGUCGGAUGAGAUCCGUUUUCCUGGGAAACGGUUGUGCGUGUCAUAUGUUGUAACCCCUUCAACCGGGCAAAAACAUAAUAUGAUCAAAUAUGUAUUAUUCUUUGAUCAAAUCGCUAUUUUUCCUUCUCAGUUUACCUUCUAAAUAAAUCGUAAAUUUUCUUUAAGGAUUCAUGACAGCUAAAAAAUCCAGAAAAAAGAAGACAACAGAAACAUUGACAAAACAAGCUAAAAAAAUUAACGAAUUUUAGACUGAAAAUAAAUGUAACUAACUGUUUCAUAUGACCUGAUCGUCUAAAUCAUAUUAUUAGGCUAGCUUUCGUUGCUUGUUUUUGAAAAGUGUCUUCAUCGUUAAUUCCCAGGCUGCCCGGACAGUAUUGCAUAGCGCAGAGCCUGUAUCCCAGAUGCUUAACGAUUGGAAGCAAAUCGACUUCGAAGGAAUUACCCGUCAGGCCAUGUGGACUUUCAGCGAAUCCGUAGACGACGAUUAUGAACUUGUUUACGAACGUAAGUGCGCAAAACUGGUUUUAAUUGUUUUCCUUUCGUUUUAAAUCUGACGCAGUAAGUUUAGUCUUAUUAACGAGAUUUUUACUGGUUUACUCAAAUUUGCAGACUAUAAAGAGUUUACACAGCUUCUCGAUCAGCAAGCAACCAUAGAUCAGUACGCCGAAUGGGCGUCCAGUUUGGUCAACCGUUGUGUUUUGAAGGUGAGUACAGUGGGCGUGCCUUUGUCAGGUCCUCUCAGUCUAGUGCACAAGAAGUAAUAUUCCCUUUGAGAGUUGAUUGUUUAGAUACAAGGAAUGGCUUGUUUAUCGAAACGCUAUAAUGAUGAAAAGCAAAGGGGUUUUUCAAAAUAUUUUUUUGGCUCUGGAUUCGAAAGCCCCCUGGCCGCGUCAAUGUGUUGAGUGCUAGGGUGGGUAAAUUGAGUCCUACUGCCUCUAUUCACCCAGGGUUAUAAACAGGUACCAGCAAAAAGUAGGAGAAAAUUGAUACACGUUGAGGAGUAAGUCUGCUUUGGACUGUAAUUCCUUUCAAAUGCAGAAAAAAUAAUCCCAUCACUUUAAGCAUUGAAUUCCCCAUCACUUUAGACUUCAUCAGGUGAGGUCGCUGGUUUUUUAAAUCUACUUUCUACCUUUUAAAUAUAUCAGUGAAUGGAAGUAACCGUAGAAUACCCCUAUUUUGGUUGCGCCACAAACAAAUUUAUCUGAUCAUGAGGCUCUGUAAUGUUCCUAUGUUCUUGCAUCAUUAGCAGCUAAUAAGCAGUUUAUUUUUAUAGUUUCCCCUCAAAAUCAAGUGACCCCUCCCCCCCAAAGAACAAUCCUUUGCCCCCCACUCCUUGGCGGUUAAUGAUGGCUAGUCGCCAGACCCUUGCAAACCUAUACUGAGUUAUAUCUAAACUUUCCCUCAAGUUUCGAAUUCUCUCUCUUUUCUUUUAGCAAGUGGAGAAGACUGGAAAAACUUACAAGGAGUGCUCAAAAGAUUUUCUUCUCAAAUGGUCCUUUUUCAGCAUUAAAAUUGUGCGGGAAUUAACAUUGCACAGCGCUCACAGCUUCGGUAAGUCUUUCUCCAAGCGCAACUAAAACUCUGUCAUGCUCUUUUUAGACCCUAACAUUUUUUUCUUGCAUAUAAUUUUUAAAUCCUUGGGUACCAUCGUUUUAACUGAUCCGUUGUCGAUUUAUCGCAGGUUCAUUUCACCUACUACACAUGCUCCUCGAAGAUUAUAUCCUUUACACGGUUGAAAACCACAACAAUGUGGAUGAACCGUCGGCCCAGUCCUCUGUUCGCGUUACCAAGGAGACCAACGUUCUGGAGGGUUAGUGUUACAAUAGCUUACACUGAAGGAAUUAGUUACUUCUUUAAUUCAAGAUUAGCUUUGUAAAGGCUUGCGUAUCUUCAAAAAUGUUGCGCAAUUUGUUUCCAGUCUUUCAUAAUCUUCUCCACCCUUGACCAUUUCUGCCCCAAUUUCCGUACAUUCCUUCCCUUUAUCCAUUCUCUCCCUUCCCAUUUUCUACGCCCAGAGUGCAAUACAAAAUAUUGUCACAAAGCUCUUUCCAAACGGAGCUCUAAACAGCAUUAAUGACGUAGAGAGUAAUUAAUGGUUCUGAAAAUUUUUUAAUAGGAGAAUUAACAAAUAAAAUACCUUUUGUUUGUCACAGAACCUACGAGCGAAGGCAUGGAAGUUGAUGUCGUUGGGCCGAGGUCUACUGGCGCUAGGAAGACUGCUUGUCGAAGACAUUCAAGCUCUUCUUCAAUGGGUUCUCACAGGAGCCCCAGAGACUUGCCUUCCCAGAGGAGCCCAGCACAGCCCGUCAUGAUGCGUUCUUCGUAUCACGACAUGUCGCCGCAUCCCAUGACACCAAUGACGCCUACCACACCAACAAACAACAACAAUAACAACAACAAUAAUAUAGGGAAAUACCCCAUGAUGGCAGAACAGGGCCACUUCCUGUAUCCGUCGCCUGAGGCCUAUGGAGCGAGGUAUAGUUAUGGGCCCAGCCAAGGUAGCUUGAUGCCCGCUAUGAAUCAUGGAAACAGCUUUGCCCCGACCAGUGGAAGUGAAGGGGGAAUUGCCAUGGGAGACUUUGACAUGUCGAGCAGUUAUGCGACAGAUGGAACUGGGUAUGCCGCUGGUCGCUCUAAAACCAGUAUGGCGGACUCCAGCUACGCAGUUAUGAAUCCUGCAGCCAACAUGGCGGCUUAUGAUUACAGGGGAAUCUCUUCAAUGGACCAUAUGAAGCAUUAUUCUCAGUACCCUCUCUCGGAACGAAGCUAUCCUUCCAGUUACAUGUUUCCAACGGCCGCAAUAACGACAAACGCCAUGUAUCCUCUGUCAGGGGUCAGCGGUGGCACUAAUGACAGGUUUUAUCCGGAUGUGCUCGAGGAGUUCGUAGAUAUGCAGGCUGCAAUGCAUCAUGGAAUGCCUCCCCGAUCUGUGAGGUCCGAUUAUCCUUACACACCCGCAAUCCUGAGCAAUUAGAUACUUUGGUUGAUGUUGAGGAGAAACGUAAAUCAACUGUAUGGUAUUCAAAUUUUAAUAGUCUUAAUCGAAACUUGAAAAAUAUUUUCAUGGAAAUCUUUAGUAUCUAUUGAAGAUCGUAUUGCAUAUAAAAAAUUAUAAGAAGUUCUUGUAGAAAUUUGGUGCCAUACAAUGAAUGAUGAAAUCAUAUCAAAGACAAAAUGAAUUAUUUUAACUUAAAACUUAGAAUUUUACGGGGUUUACAAAAUUUUUACCUCUGAGGAUGAAAUAUUGUUUUUCAGAUAGUUUGAAAAUGACGCUGUUGUAGUUUGGACAACAACAAAAGUUGAUAAAGUGAUUUAUUCACAUUUUGUAGAAUUGUGCUGGUAAAAAGACGCAAGAGUACAAUAUUAUUUAAGAAUACGAUAUUUUACCAGCUUAAUCACGAAGUGAGAGGAAUCGAUUUUAGAUAAUUUUGAACGUUUCUCGUUACCUACAGGAGACGUCCCAGUAUACCAAAAUGUGAAUCAAUGUUCGCAUCCGAGCAACUGCGCACCUACUCCCCCCCCCCCACUCUCACCCAGCAACAGUCAAUUUUUAAUAGCUUAAGUUAUGUUGAGGUGAGGGGGGGGGGGUUAGGUGAACAGUUGUUCAGAUACUGACAUUGAUCCCAAAAUGUAACUUUCACGUAGUUUUCUUCGUAGCCAUAUUUUGAGCUCGUAAAUCAAUUAUCUAAAUACGAGGGAAAAUUUCUUGCAUGCAUGUUCGUGUAUUUUGCGAUGUAAUAUAUUUUAUGUAAAAAAUCUAACUAUCAACUGCAGCAUCAAAGCUACUAUGGAAAUAAUCUAUCGGUUAAUAAAUCAAUUAAUUUGAACAACGUCAGGGACCGGUCAAUAUUUAUUAUCGGAGGGGGGGGAAGGGUCGGAGGAUUUUGAUUUUGGCAGUUAAUUUUCAAUUGUUCCCCUUUCUACUCUGUUGGCGACGACUGAUUCCCUCCCUGAAAACCAUGUGACUCCCCCUCACAAAAUCCUCCACACCCCUUCCCACCCCAUGAUAAAUAAUAAAUGAUGCUUUA